CCCCAUUGAUUGGCCAUAUUGCUCGAUCAUUGCUUGUUGGAGGCGGUAAUGGAAAGCUAUUCUUUUAUCAACACCUUUAGAUGUCAAGCAACAUGGAACUAUCAGAAAAUUAACCAACGCAACAAGGAUGUUUCUCAGAAACCAAAAUAUCCCUUAUCUAUUUUGUCAAAAGCUUCACCUACCCUUCGAAGUCUAUUUCAGCUGAAGUAUAGGAUGGAAGAAAGAAAUCCUGUAGACAAUGUGUUCUUCCCAGAACUUUUCAACUCUAGCCUAAAAUUUUGUCGACGCUGUGGAAAGGCCUUCAUAACAUCUUGUCCGGGUUUGCAUAGUUCAUCGGCAAAGAGGAAAACUAGUAUGUAUUCGAUAAACUUUCUGUCCACAGAUAUUGUAGCUAGUGCGCGAGAUAGACAUUAUUUGAUGCAUAACCGAUUGUAAAGAUUAUAUUUCAAUGCUUUUUGCGUAUCGUAACUCUUUUUUAUGUUUCACUUUCACUGUGCUCAUCACACUAACAUUUGAAAAUACUACCUUCAUUUCUUUGAAGUUGAAGCUUCGCAAGGAAUUUUUUAUAUCAAAUAUAUUGAGAUAGGAUGGAAAGUUUCUUACUCGUAUGGAACCUUCCCUUUUUGUCACCCAAAAUAAACUGUCACCAUUGUGUCGAUGGGUCAUAAACAGUUGGUAUGGAUACAAAAGCUCGUCGACGCUUAUAUCAAAGGAGACUGCAAGUAUGAAUUUUCGAGCCAACAAUAGUGUGAAUCAGAGUUCCAUCAAACUAAGUUUGCAAAGUGUUCGGUUCCAAACUUAUUUCAAGCCGAUAGUGUGCAUAUGACUCUUGUCUUUCGUGACAAAAGAUUAGUUACCAUUUUUACCAACAGAAGAAACGCCAGACUCGUCUUGAAUCAGACUUGAAUAACUUCUUCUUACAACUGCAGUUGAUUCUAGGUAUGGAGGAGAUUUUUAC